UCCGACAUCAUCACUGUGACCGUCGGCAAAACAGAAAUGGUGUAUCGCAUGCACGAGAGCAUCUUGGUGUCUACGUGCCCCUUCUUCAAGAGUUGUCUUCGUCGGGAAUGAAGGAACACCACGAAAAAGCUGUGCAUCUCCCAGAGGAUGACCCUGAGGCAUUUGAAGUGGUGGCCAAAUGGAUGUACAGCAACAGCGUGCCGAACGAGUUUCAGCCAUCGGUCCUCGUUCAUGCCUACCACCUUGCAAGAAAGUUCUGCAUGACCGAUCUCCAGAAUGCGGUCAUGGAU